UUUUGAUUGAUCGUCCAGCAUCUUUAAGGACACGAAAAAAAAAAAAAUUUCGGUUUCUUAGUUUUCUUAGUAUUUUUGUAUCAUGUAUUGUUCAAAGCUUGGACGUUCAUUUUUUUCUCGUCCAGGUUACAAGCUUGGAAGUUGUUUGAGAUCAAAUCCUAAUUUUCAAUAUAUAACUUCACGAGCUCAAAGCUCUAAGAUACAAGGAAAUGUAAUUGGUAUCGAUUUGGGAACAACUAAUAGUUGUGUGGCAGUUACAGAAGGAAAGACACCUCGCGUUAUUGAAAAUGCUGAAGGAGGUCGUACUACACCUUCUACUGUUGCUUUCACUAAGGAUGGUGAAUUAUUAGUUGGUUUACCUGCCAAACGUCAGGCUGUUGUAAAUCCCGAGAAUACAUUCUUUGCCACAAAACGAUUGAUUGGUCGAAGAUUCAAAGAUGCUGAAGUACAACAAGAUUUAAAUCAUGUUUCAUAUAAAAUUGUUGAGCAUACAAAUGGUGAUGCGUGGUUAGAAUCUCGCGGAAAAAAAUAUAGUCCUGCACAAAUAGGUGCUUUUGUUGUUGGUAAAAUGAAAGAGACUGCAGAGGCUUAUUUGGGAAAGCCCGUAAAGAAUGCAGUGAUCACUGUUCCUGCAUAUUUCAAUGAUUCUCAACGUCAAGCUACCAAGGACGCUGGCCAAAUUGCAGGUCUUAAUGUGUUACGUGUGAUCAAUGAACCCACCGCUGCUGCACUUGCUUAUGGUCUAGAUAAAGUUGGUGAUAAAGUAAUUGCAGUUUACGACUUGGGUGGUGGUACAUUUGAUAUCAGUAUAUUGGAAAUCCAAAAGGGAGUUUUUGAAGUAAAAUCAACGAAUGGAAACACUCAUUUAGGUGGUGAAGAUUUUGAUAGCGCAUUGGUUAAAUAUUUGGUUGAUACGUUCAAAAAAGAGCAAGGAGUAGAUAUAUCACAAGAUAGAAUUGCUAUUCAACGAAUUCGCGAAGCAGCCGAAAAAGCCAAAAUUGAACUUUCAUCUACUAUACAGACGGAUAUAAAUCUUCCAUUUAUUACGGCUGAUGCGACCGGGCCAAAACAUAUUAAUAUGAAGCUUACUCGUUCUACUUAUGAAGCACUUACAAAAGAACUUAUUGAUAAAACUAUUGAACCUUGUAAGCUUGCUUUAAAAGAUGCUAAUAUUGAAACCAAAAACAUCAAUGAAGUUAUAUUGGUUGGUGGUAUGACACGAACGCCAAAGGUUAUCGAAACGGUAAAAGCAUUAUUCGGCCGUGAACCAUCAAAGAGCGUUAAUCCUGAUGAAGCCGUUUCUAUCGGAGCUGCAAUUCAAGGCGGUGUACUUGCCGGGGAAGUUACGGAUAUUUUGUUAUUAGACGUAACACCGUUAUCACUUGGUAUUGAAACUCUUGGUGGAGUUUUCUCUCGUCUAAUUAAUCGAAAUACAACAAUUCCCACCAAGAAAUCGCAGGUAUUUUCUACUGCUGUAGACGGACAAACGAGUGUUGAAAUAAAGGUCUAUCAGGGCGAACGAGAAUUGAUCCGUGAUAAUAAGCUACUUGGAAACUUUCAAUUAAGGGGGAUUCUCCCGGCUCCUAAAGGAGUCCCCCAAGUUGAAGUUACAUUUGACAUUGAUGCUGAUGGUAUAUUAAACGUUUCUGCUCAAGACAAAGCUACGGGCAAAGAUCAAUCUAUUACCAUUGCUGCUUCUUCUGGAUUAAGUAAAAAUGAAAUUGAGAAAAUGAUUCUUGAAUCUGAACGGUACGCUGAUGCAGAUCGGGAGAAGAGAGAAGUUAUUGAAGCAUCCAAUCAUGCAGAUUCCGUAAUUCAUGAAACUGAGAAGAAUAUGGAAGAAUAUAAAGACCAACUGGAUCAAACAGAAUCCGAAAAUAUUAAAACACAGAUUCAAUCAUUAAAAGAGAUUGUAGCUAAAGCACAAACUGGUGAAAGCACUCUUAAAGCAGAUGAAAUUAAAUCUAAAGUUGGUGAAUUGCAAAUAGCAAGUUUGAAAUUAUUUGAAAUGGUGUAUAAGAAGCGUGAAGCCGAAAAUCGUGGAAAUAACAGCAAUGAAAAUGGCGGUGCAAAUGAAGCUGAAUAUCGGGAUGUUAAGGGGGAUAAUAAAGAAUAAAUAUACCGUAGCUUAUCACUUAGUUAAUAAAAAAGGAACAUUGUAAUAAAUUAUUUUAAUUCAGAAACAUAAAAUCAUGGUCGCUACUAAAUUCAUUGUAAGUUGCUGUUGUAAUUAUAAUAAAAUAUCACGGA